UGACAGAUAAAGGGGAAGUGCAGUUUCAGAACCCAGCUAGCUCUCUCCUGCCUGCCUCCCCAGGCUCCACCAACCUCUUCUCCAGCUUCGUCCCGGGGACCCGCCUUGGACCCCAUGGCCAACCACAGAUUCACCCCGGUGUCCGAAGGGGAGUCCUGCUGCGGCAUCUCCAGGAGAGCCCAGAUCUGUCUCUGCGUCUUUCUCUGUCUCCUGGUGGGGGUGAUCAUUGCGGUGGUGGCGGGAGUUCGGCUGUGGCACCAGCCGCUCAAGCACAGGGAGUGGAACGGAACCGGCAGCACUGCUCAUUUUCAGGAUAUCUUCCUGGGGCGAUGCUACAUCUACACUCAAUUGGUGCAGCCGGAGUUCAGAGAUAGAGACUGCAAAAAGAUCGAGGAGGCCUUCAGGAAUGCAUUUAUUUCUAAGGACCCCUGCGAGGUGACAGAGGAAGACUACCACCCACUGAUGGAGCUGGCGAGUCAAACUGUGCCUUGUGACAAGACGGUCUUUUGGAGCAGAACAAAGGAGCUGGCGCAUCAGUACACGUGGGUCCGGCAGGAGAUGUUCACGCUGGAGAACACGCUGCUGGGUUACGUGGCCGACGGCCUCACCUGGUGCGGGGACUCAGGCUCUUCUGAAAUGAACUAUCAGUCUUGUCCAGACUGGAGGAAAGACUGCAAGAACAACUCUGUGACUGUAUUCUGGAAGGUGCUGUCCAAAAUGUUUGCAGAAAAUGCCUGUGGUAUGGUCCAAGUGGUGCUCAAUGGAUCCCUCAGUAACGCCUUUAGUAAAGACAGCACGUUUGGAGGCGUGGAAGUCCAUAAUUUGCAUCCAGAGAAGGUUCAUACACUGCAGGCCUGGGUGAUGCACGACAUUGGAAAAAGCCCCAGCGACUCAUGCUCGGGUUCCUCCAUAAUGGACCUGAAAUCGAUUAUGAGUAAAAGAAAUAUAAAAUUCACCUGCCAGGAUAACUACAGACCUGUCAAGUUUCUUCAGUGUGUGAGAAAUCCUGAGGAUUCAUCUUGCUCACUCAGGACAUGAGCCAAUCAACACGGUGGAUCCCUUGCAGUAUAUGUCAACAUGCAUGACUCAGGGGCCACGCUGGUGGAAACCAGAGGAUUGGGGAGGAUCCUCUGUCAUAAUAUCUACACUGCAGAUGGAAGCCUUUUCCUCCAAAGUCGUAAACUAACUUACAUGAUUGGUGUAGUUCUUAUUUUGAUCUCCUAAUAGUCAGGAAAAAAAUAAUUGUUUUAUAAAAAUAGAAUGGAGAUUUUAUAGUAAGUUAUUUUAUUUUAGUUUUCAUAUGAUGCUUUCAUGAUGUUGAUAUGUUGGUAACAUCCAUUCUACUGAAGAAUGACCACACUGAACCUCUCUUAUUGGCAGGUCAAGAAAAGUAAAUGCCUAGACUUUUCAGAAAAGGUUACAUUUCUAAAUGAAUGAUCUUGUCUCAGGAUAUAUUUCUGUAUCUUUCCUACAGAUAAACUAUGAAUGCCAUGGUAAUGGGUCACUUUGGGAGAAGUGUUCUGUGGGAUAUAAGCUACCCAUAAACUUGGUGCUUUAACUCCAGCCUUUCCAACAGCACUAUGAGUUAGACAUUAUCACCUCCCAUUUGUUAAUAAUUUCCCUGGAGUCAUACAUUUAGUUCAAGGUAGAGAAUGAAUUUGAACUCAGCUUUAUGCGACUCCAAAAUUCAUGUGCUCUCUCUUUCUAGACCUAGAACACCAAACUGACGGUGCCUUAUGUUCUCUUCCAAUAAAUACAUGUCGGAUUUAAUCAAAUACAACAGGAUCUGAAAUACGAUUAUCCUUGGAUGGCUUCAAAACCGAUAUAUUCUUCCCUCCUCUUGCUCGUCCUUCUCAUCAUCUUAUAUAUGUGUUAGGCAAUUAAAAUACGCAUUUGUUCCUGAUACUAGCAAUUUGUUUCUCCCUUGGGUUUGUUUGUUUCUCCUUUGAAUUUUUCUUGAUUAGUCUUGAUGGUCACUUUUAUUACUCAUGCCAAGAACCAACCUGUAGCUUUGUUGAUUUCCUGUUUAUUUGGGUUUUGCUUUUCUCUCUUUUUAGAGAUCUAGAGAUUCCUUCUCAUUUCUUUGGGUUCUUUUAUUCAGCUUCUUAAGGUGGAAGCUUAGAUCGUUGAUUUUUCAGCUCAUCUUCUUUUCUUAUAUGUAUGUUUUAGUCCUGUAAAUUUUUCUGAGUGCUGCUUUAGCUGCAUCUCUUAGAUUUUGAUAUGCCUGUUUUCAUUAUCAUUUAGUUAAAAUGUUUUCUAAUUUAAUGGUUAUUUGGAACGUUGCUUAAUUUUCAAGCAUCUGGAGAUUUUCUAGUCUUAACAAAAAAUAGGUGCAUUGAAUGAAGAACUAAUAAACUAAUUUGAGAUUCCUUCAGGGAACCCACUAGGUUUGUUGAAAACAGCACACAUUUUGGGGUUAGACAUUUCUAGAUUCAUAGUUUGGCAUCACUCCGUGAUCCUGAAUGAAAUGUCUAACCUCUCUGAACUUCAGCUUCUCUAUCACUCAAAUAUGGAUUAUGAACUUACCCUUAUCAAAGUGUGGUGAGAACUACAGGAGAUGACAGAAACUGACAGUCUAGCACAGUGUCUCAAAUGUAAGCAGUCGCUCAACCAGUGUUGCCACCUUCCUGCUGGCCCCUGGCUGACAAUCCGGUGUCCUUCCGGGGCCCUUGCAGCUGCAGCCACUACAGUCCAUCUGCAGAUUCUUCACUAGCCCAUUCUUCACUUAGGCACAUCCUCACGGGAUGCAGUCUCGGCUGGACAUGAGGAUGGAUGCUUGGGACCAGUUCUGAUUAGGAUUCAGGCUUGCCCCAAGUUUCAGUAAACUCCAUCUGCAGAUUGUCUUCAGAAACAGGUCCCUGCUAAUCCACUGGGUGGCCUGGCUGUUCUCCUCUCAAGGCUCUGCCUCGUUGUUGGGCUCCCGUGCUGAUUUCUGGACCCUCUAAUGUCCUUUCCUUGUUCACCAGGACACCCCUUGAAGUGGCUUCCCCGGGUCAGAAAAAUUUUGUUCUUUAUGUCCCCUUUCAAAGAUGAAAUGGACAGAGUUAAAAUCAAUCUGUGAGACUCUUCCCCCAACAAGAUUCAUUUGAGUGUUAGGGGUUACAGCUGAUGGAGACCAAAGAGGAUGUUGGUCCCAGGUUUUCACCCCACACUGCAGAGAGCAGUGGGCAGCCCUGGAGGUGGCCGGGGCCUGAGGUGCUGUUUUCUCCUGGCACCACCUGGUACCCUCAUUGCCAUGAUGCUCCAUCCCUGCCUCCACUCUCUCUGUAGUCCAAUCUUGUACCUUUGCUGUUGACCAUGCAUCUCUAGCCCUAAGGACUUCCUGGCCUGCAUCCACAAACGGAUGUUCCUCAACCCUCUCAUAAGUGACACCUCUACUAAAUUAUUGGUUGCUCAUAAAUCUCAUAUCUUACUCACAAAUCUGCUGUUGCCAGUCUCCCCACUUCAUUCUUGUUUGGGCUAGACAAAUCCUCUUACCAUCCCAAUUUUUAUUCACCAUCAUACUUACCUAAAGGGCACGGGAAUGACUCAGAGCCUGACUUUCCUUUCUGAACUCCCACGGCUCAGUAUUUUCCUUCUGCAAUGGUUCAUGACUUUAUAAUAUGUGAAGCACACUCUCAAAUACAGUUUUGAAAUCACAGGCUGAAUACUUGAAAGGACACACACAUACCCCCCCACACAUACUUUUGUGUUAUAAAAAGCGGAGUCUUUUAAUCCCCAAUGGGUCUUUCUUUAGCUCUGCUUCACUGUUUGCAUUGACCUGUUUGGUGCCACAUCAGUGUCUCUUAUGUGCCUGACAGACAAAGCCAAGCAUAUAUAAAAUAUUUUGGCAAAACACAUUCUUUCUUCGGCUUGACAGCUUUGUUGGAGACGAGCUCCACCCACAGCCACACAUUCCCCGAUAGAGGGGAUGCAGCUGGGGCCACGUUGAUUCAUUUCCUGGAAUCCCUUUCCCCCUUAAACCAGUUCCCAAGACUGUGACUUGAGUAUCUCAGGUAGAAGCUGUACUGCACAGAACGACUCUGUUUUUGUGGAUUUUUAAAAGGCAAGUAGUUACAUACAUGGUUAAAAUUAUGUAUGGCAAAUUAAAAUUGUAUGAAGUAAAAUGUUAAAGUCAGCCUAGAGUAUGAUACAUCUUUAAAGGGUAUUUUAUAAAUGCAGUGUUAAUCUGACAUUUCCUCACCAUGUUUUAAAAAUAUUUAAGUGGUUAAUUUAUUUUUAUUACCUUAGUCAUCAUUUUAAUAUACAUAUUUUUAUCAGUCUAUCAGGGACUCAGUAGCUGGGUGCUACCCGAGAGGCAGUGGUUAGCUGGCCCUCAGCUCACACACAUAAAUGCAUAGAAGGGCUUGAAUUGGUCCCUGACAGAGCAUUUAUCCUUGAACUUGAUUCACAUACGUUCACUUUGCCACUUUAUCCUCUGAUCAAAGUGCAAACAGCACAAGGUAGUGAAAACUGUGGGAUUAAGAGACAAGUGAUCCAGUGAACUGGAUCAUUAACAUCUGUGAAUCUUCAGUUUGGAAUCUAUUUGUAACAGAUAUAAGUGAAUUACACAAAUAAUAAAUGAUUAAUAAAAGA